AUUAACAAUGGCCCUAGUUACCGUGAAAGAACUGCUGAGCUUUGAUUGUGGUUCGCUGGUAGCUUAUCAAUUAGAUAAAAACUCUCAGCUGGACUCUAUCAGCUUCCAGACCGUCCUCAUGAGAAACAUAUUUGUGCAUUUUCCUGAUGUUAUAUUCAUCCACAGAACCCACAAUCCCAGGGGCAAAGCUCUGUAUAUGUUCAUGGUGGACAGACCUUUCCUGAAGCUGCAGGGUGAGAUGACUAAGGUAAUUCAUUUUGCUGUCCCAGCUAAAGAAUCUGCAGAAAGCCUGGCUCACAUGUAUAGGACUUUCAAGGCCUUCAACCCUGAGUGGAAGAAAAUUAAGACCUUUCUGGUAGAUCCACACUUUCGAUUGUUGCAGACUCUUUCUGAAGCAUUUCCAUCUGCAGAGGUGCAACUAUCUGUUUUCCAUGUAUGUAAGCACCUGCAGCAGAAGAUUCAUCAGAUGUCUUUGGAAUGCAUCUCAGAGAGACUGAUCUUAAAUGCCUUGAGGAACACUAUGUGUGCAGCCACUGAAAGCAACCUGAGAAUGAUGCACACAAUCCUGAGUGACUUUGUGAAACCAGACUUGCUUCCCCAGCUUCAUACUCACUGGCUUCUCAAUGACAAGAUAUGGGCUAUGCAUAGAUGGAGGAAUUGGAUGGAAUGCAAUCAGUAUUUUAAAGACUUGGAGAUCAUCACACGGGGCUUAAGCCAGGUCUUCUGCACUGGACUGUCUCUGGAGAUCUGCAUCACUUCUCUAGCGAAACACUACCAGAAGUGUGUUUCAAAGAGGCCACCUGAUGCUGUGUUGUUCUCUGUUAACCCUCUUAGCAGUACCAUGUCUACUGAGACAGUUUUUCAGAGCCUGCCAGCUCAGGACUCGCCACCAACCUCUCACAACCCCGAAAUAGCUCUUCAGAAUCAACCAGCUAAGAGUUCUCCACCAGUUUCUCCCAGUAUCACAGCAGCUCAUCAGAAAUGGCCAGGUCAGAAUUCCCCUCCAAAUCCCCUGGUUCUUCUUCCGCAUCCCCUGCCAGCUCCUGCAAGCCCCCUGCUUCCUCAGAAUCAGCUGGCAGCCCCUCAGAUCUUCCCUUUUCAGAACCAGCCAGCUCAGUAUUCUUCACCAGUUUCUCUCAGUCUCACAGCAGCUAAUCAGAAAUGGGCAGGUCAGAAUUCCCUUCCAAAUCCCCUGGUUCUUCAGAAUCCCUUGCCUGCCCCUCAGAGUCCUCUGCUUCCUCAGAACCAGCUAGCAAACCCUCAGAGCCCCUUGAAUCCUUUAUCCCAUGAAAUUAAACUGGAGAUCAUCACUGAAGACCCAAAGGGUGACCAAGAUGUGGAGUGUAACCAAGAGACUGAAGAUUGCAUUAGGCAGUCACUGAGAGACAUUUGCACAGAGCCUGCAGCCAGACUAUGCUUGAACGAGUUUGCAGUGGCACAGAAGUCUGUGCAGCUAAUAGGCACUAAUGAAGACAUAGUCAAUAUACAGAUCCUUGAAGACACCCACAAAGUAAACCAAAGGGGCCUGAAAAACUGCACUUGCCACUUCAGUCAAGCUUUCCAGCUGCCCUGCAGGCACAUCCUGGCUGUAUUGAACUCUGAUAAGAAGAUCUUACAGCCGGAGAUGCUGAGUGAGCAAUGGCAGAAGGAACCUAAUAUCUCUCAGGCAGGGCAAAAUGGCACCGAUGGCCUCUUGGAGGUUCUGAAAAGCUCCUGGAAUGAGUCCCUGGAUAAAUCCUUAGCAGUGUCCUUUCUUACAGCGGAGAUUAGCCGGCUUCUUACCCAGUGCAGCAGUGAGGAGUUUGAUCGGAGGUACAACACCCUCCGAGAAUUGGCUGACAGCUGGAUUGGACCUUAUGUUCAGGUGAAGCUGUAGUUCAGAACUGGAGAACUCCAUGCCUCUGCUCUCGGUCGGCCUCUUUGAGGUGUGACUCUCUCCUGCUUUCUGGGCCUCUGGGAGAAGUGAGGUGUGAAAUACUAGAAAAAUGUCUGUUUAAAUGUAAUUACUCCAGUGGUAUGUCUUCCACUUUAUUCUCCUUAGAAACUGUAUAAAUGUGGGCCUUAAAUCUGCAUCAUGAUAGUUUCCCCUUUGGCUUCAGAUCCUAAAUGUCUAUUGGGUGAACACUUCCUCUUGCUAUGAGGCCUAAGGAGGUGGAAGUAGGUAGGAAUUCUGUCUCUGGCCCAACCAAGAGGAUAUCCAGCUGGGAAUGGAAUGGGGGAGGAGGGUAAUAACUUGGGACUAACUUGCCUGAACCAUAGUUCAUGCAUUCAGAUCCUCAUGGGAUCCUUUUGCUAUCUGUUGUUUCAGCUGGGUUCAUGUGGUUUAGUCCCAGGAUAUGUAUCUGUUUUGGUUAGACUGGAAGGUGUGUGUAUCUGAGCCAGCCUGUGGUUCCCUUCCCUUUCCUGUCAUGGUGACAUAGGGCUUCCCACUAGUCUGGUAGAGCAGGAUUUGCUCAUGUGAAGUCAGACCUUUGUUUUGAAACCACAUCUUUUGUUUUUCUCUUCUCACUUCAUUGCCUCUAAUUAUUUAACUGAACCUGCUUGUUAAGGAGCCGCAAACCCCAGAGGGUAGCAACCCAUGCUACCAGGGAGCUGCUGUCUGCAACCUCUGCUAGGAGCACUGGAGUGGUUUGGCCGGUUAUAGCAGCUCUUAAUUCCACAUAAACCUGCCCUCUAUCGUCAACAGGCUUGUGUCACUGACAUGGGAGGAGGGAACAAAUCAGUGUUACCAUAAAUCUGUAAAAAGCAACAAAGAGUCCUGUGGCACCUUAUAGACUAAAAGACGUAUUGCAGCAUGAGCUUUCGUGGGUGAAUCCCCACUUCAUCAGACGCACAAAGCUUAUGCUCCAAUAUAUCUGUUAGUCUAUAAGGUGCCACAGAACUCUUUGCUGCUUUUUACAGCUCCAGACUAACACGGCUACCCCCAAUACAUAAAUCUGAAAUUAGAGUUACUGUAAGACAAACAGCAAAGUGGAGAAAUCAGAGAUUUAAAUGUACUGUAGCGGGACAAGGGGGGCAUGCAGAGGAGAGAGCAGUCUCAGUCCCAGCCAGUAAAAGCUGCUGCACGACAUGGGGAUAUAUGGAUGGGUUGGUGCAUGGUCCCUCUCUGGCACCUUCAGGCAAGGAGACCCUGGGGGCAGGGAGAUGUAGAUAUAAUUUUCUGUACCAGUCAACAGGGAGUGGUGACGGAAUAGGACAGAAGGUGCUAUUUAGGUCAGUAAUUUGUUCCACCCUAGCUCAGCCUGGUUUAUUCAUGUCAUGGCAGAUUGUUUGUGGGGGUGUUUUUGGCUCAAUGGUUCAUUCACAGUUUUGUUAACAUCAGAAUCAACACUCCAUUCACAGGAACAGAACUACUGUAUGGUCAGAAAUUUCCUUUUGAGCUAGAGUUCUGUAAUAUAAACUCCUUUAUGUAAAUAUAGCAUCAAAUAUUUUCCUGAAA